UAUUCUGAAAGGACCGUCUGGCGGAGGCGCUGAGCUCGUCGCGUGUGGCGCUCUGCGGGGGCCACACAGAAGUUAGCGUCCACACAGCCAUUUUCCUGACUCCGGCGCAGAGCGCAGCGCUUCUUUUAGCUAGGUUUCGGUUGCACUUGGUAACACGCAGGGCUAUAUUUUAACAUUAGGAACUGUUAUACUGCGGUGGUUUGGUGUGCUCGUCCUCGCUUUAGCUGACGUUAGCCGCGGUAGCCUGGCGUGUGCCGUGGACGGAGGUUGACAAAAUGUCAAGACCACGGUCGCGAUCUCCACACUACAGGAGGUUUCCAUGGGAGGAACCUGGCUUUGAUACUUAUAAAGUCCUUGCAGAACUGGACGGAAAUCCGAAGGACAGGAGUCACCGCCACAGAAAGGAUUCUGAAGAACACUGGGACUACUUCAGCGAAGACAUUUACCCAGAAGGCCAGAGAAGAUCCCUUUCUUUCCCAGAUGACCGCCAGUUUGGGCAUCAACGUCGUCCAGAUGAGGAGGAGUGUUACCGAAGGAGGCCAUCGCCCCAUUAUGAUGUGAUGGGCUACGAUGACAGGAGGCUCUCCAUGCUGCGUAAUGUAGGAGGAGAUGGAGACAGACGCAGAGGAGGGUUAAGAGAACACUUCCGGAGUUUUGAAAACAGGGGGAGGUUGCCCCACUCCGCCCCGAGUUCGGCGAGGGAAAGAUUGCCACAGACACCAAGGUCUCACACAGACCACCAACAGAGAGAGCCGGCGAUGGGCUGGAGAGAGGAGCAGGGCAGAGGUCGAGGGAGGUUCAGAGACCUCAGUCCCAGUGCGAGAACAGAGGACCAAAGAGGGGGAGCAGGUAGGGAAAGAGGAAGGAGGAACGCACAGGGUCCCAACAGAGACAGACGACGGGAGGAUCCACACCAAGAGAGGAACCCCACCUUUAAAAGGCAAAGAAGAGAAAUGGAUGACACCAAUCACCUUGGGUACAAGAAUGAGGAGGACUUUGGGGAACAGCGUUACUCAGUGGACACACCCAGAGAUGGGUUUCGAGGAAACAUUCAGGAGAGCCUACCCCACGGAGACAGUCGGCACUUGAGACCACUCGUCAUCGAACACGAUCACGGUAUCGUAAAGAGCAGAAAACCGCCGCGGUGGGAACAAUUUGACGAUCGCAGAGAUCUUGACCCAGAUUUUGAUCGACAGAGGAGUCCCCGUUCACUAGGCUCCUCGCAGGAGCGUUUCAGGACAUCGGACAGCAGGUCGGAUGAUCGGGAAGGCAUGAGAGGACGCCGUUUUCAGGAUAAUUGGAGAGACUCCAAGUAUCUCGAAGCUAGGAGGAGCCCUAUGCCGCAAGAUAGAUCAAACCCCAUGAGAUAUGGUAAUAGAGAUGGUUCCGUGGACCACAAGGGGAGGGGCGGUCUACGCCCUGCGAGAGGGAGGUUGAAUCGCGGACAAGGUGGAAGGACUGGACCACCCAGGAAUCAGCCACACUUACAGCAUUCCUCCCAGGAUUACCAGGAUCUUCCUCAUGAAGAGCAAAGACCGGGGUACCGACCCUUCAGGAAAGAUUGUUACGAGGAUCCCAUCGAAGGGGAGCCUAACUGGGCAGGAGAAGAAAGACUUCAACAGUGGGACAAUGACAGGCCUGGAAGUCUGGACCGACACCUACCGAGGAAUGACUUGGACCCUAAAAUGCCCCGUCACAGGGAGCGGAGAUGGAAUGAUCAGAAAACCAGUAACAUGACCGCUGUAAAGGAGGAAACAUUAACCAUCAAAGUGGACAUGAGCCGACCCGUUAACGAAAACAGCCCGCUGUGUUACUCCUCAGACAGGCAGCUCUCUUUGGACCUGGUCAACGUGGGUCGUCAGCGUCUGGACUUCCUGCCGAUGCUGGAGCACUCUGGGACGUACCGAGAGUCGGCCAUGCACACGGGGACUUUUGCCCAGGAAAUCAUCACGCUGGUGCACCAAGUCAAAGAGCAGUAUUUCAGAGAUGAGGGGGUCACCCUGACUGAGCGUUUCUCAGCUCCCCAAAAAGGCGGCUACUCGGAAGAAGAGACGGAGGAGCUGACGUUGGACGAGAGGUUCAGCUCAAACCGAGGCUUCAGCUUAAAUAUGAACUCGCUGCUUGAUGACGACGAGCCUCUGUUCUCCAGAUUGGGACCAAUUCAGGGUUUGAGCCAGCAGCCGGUGCGAGGCCCGGGGGACCUGAGGCAUGACCUGGAGAGGAGGAGGCAGGAGAGACUGGAAGGGGUAAAGGUCACAAUACCAGGGAGCAGUAUGUCUCAGCGCACCCUUGGUCCAGUCAGUGAGCCGGAUUUAGAGUACAGUGACAAGGACAAGAUGAAUCAGAUGGAGGACGAAGGAUUCUCCACCUGGCCAGAGGAGCAAAGCAGGAGACGAGAAGGCAGCAUGGUGCCAAGGAGAGGAGCUUCGUACAGACCGAACACAGGCUCCCAGCGCAGGAACAAUCGCUUCGGUAGCCGGGUUGGAUCAAUGAGGCGACAGAGCAACCGCAACAACCCUGCAGGUCCUAACUGGUGAUUGGACAAUGGAAAGGUAUUUCUUUUGGAUGUUGCUGAUUUUUUUUUUUUUUUUUUUUUCAUGACUGAUAACACAUCUUGUAGAAAAACCAGCCAUUUAAAGGAAGUAUUUCGUCCUUGUCAGGGGCCCAUUUGUGCCUGUGACAUUGUUUAAAAAAAAAAAAAAAAAACCCAACAAACUGUGAAGAGAUCUCUGCUCUGUUGGUGCUUGUGCGAGUGCAGGCUGCAGACUUAUUGAAUUUGAUUAAAUUGAAGGUGAAACCUUCCUUGAUACCUGCAGAGCUGCAGGUUAACAUUCUUUAAAUUUGUGACCUGCUCAAACUUGUUCUGUCUUCCCAUCCUUGUUUUUUUUUUUGUGUGUGCGUCUUUCUGUUAUUGAUUUCUUUCUCUUUUUUCACAUUUCUAUUGUGUGGUCUUCAUUUAAAACUAAUAUUAAAAUGAAUAAAUUUUUUUAAAUGAAACACUCGCCGUUUAUCUGGACAACGUCGGUUGAACGUCAGCAGCUGAAUCGUUGGAGAUGUUAAAGCUGAAACUGAAAAAAAAUGCACUGUGCUCAUGUGAAGUUAUGGGACGAUAAAUGACCGUGAUUGUACACUCAUUAAUUUAUUCCUGCCGUCAGGUCAUCAACGCAUCCUCCCACCCAGUUAUAGCUGCUUGUUGAUGACAUAGCUCUGUUAAUUAACACACACUGUGUCUUGAGUCCUGCUGUUUUCUCUCUGUCUCCGUUGUAUCUCGUCUGUAUUAAUAUUCCGUUAUGCCAGCCUCACUGUCAGUGACACAUGAGCAGACAUCACACACUGCUCACCAGUUGUUACUGUCCAAAUAAA